CUACUAAAUACUUCCUCACUAUGUCCAGGCUGACAGCUGAAGAGCUCAUGGCGGAGAUGGAAGCCGAGCUGAACGCUCAACGGCUUCGCAACUUCAUCGACGACUCCGCCCCAGAACCAAGCGUCGGUGUCUUGGUUGAGCUCUGCGUACUUCGCAUUGAGCGUCUGGCGAACAACAAGGGGACCUGUCUCCCUCGCAAGAAACGCUUCAUAUUUCGUCUGACCGUGUGGGACUCUGCUAGAAGGACAACGGGCCUCGGACGGUUUCGUGUCGGCGCCAACUACAAGUUCAAGAAGAUUCACCACGUGGUGAUGUUCAAGGGGACGGCCCAAGGCAGCAUGCAAGUCAGCGACGCGAGUGAUGUUCAAGAAACGCCACCAUUUUCACCUAGGAAGCUGAGCCGCGAUGAGAGCAGCGCUAUCGACACGACCGAAGCCGAUGAAGAGCAGAAGGACGAAGGGGUUGAGAUGACAUGGAGUCCUACCAGGGCUGCUCCUCCGGCGCGUCGCAACCGCCAUGCACAGCUGCGCGUCGAGAAGGGAGGCGAAUGCGUCGAGCAGAUCUCACUGGGCCCGAGCUCCUGCUACGUCUUGGGCCGCAGCGAGGACCUUACCGACGUGUGGCUGCAGCACCCGUCCAUCUCCAGGCAGCACGCGGCCAUCGUGCACGACAAGCACGAGCAGGUCUGCCUCAUGGACCUGGGCUCGGCCCAGGGAACGUUCGUGAACGGCCGCGAGAUCGAGCCCAACGAGCCGCGCGAGCUGCGGGAUGGAGACCGCAUUAAGUUCGGCGCCAGCACGAGAACGUACGUGUUCCAGAACACGGUGGAGAAUGAGACAAAGGGGCAGGAGCCGGCAAAACGCACAGCAGCAGCCAGCGCCGAUCCGGAGCUCCAGCGUAUGAUGCGCGAGAUGCAGAGCUUCGGGGACAAACAGCACCACAAGAGGGACGAGAAGAAGCAGUUGGAUGAAGAUGCAAAGGUUGAAGAGAGGAAAAAGCGUCAAGCGGAGAUCGCUGCAAUGACUGCUCAGAUGAUGCAGGCGCCUGUAGUGCAGGUCUCUUCUACGGAGGAGACUGCGGGUCAGAGCAGUGCGGAUAAGGAGGAAUCGGCCCCAGAGGCGGAAUCUGAGAGCGACAAUGAUGACGACGACGAGGAGGACGAUGCUUCACUCAGGUAUCGCUUGCCGAAGUCUAAUGAGGUUGUUCUCGAGGGCCACAACAAAGCUCUUGCAUGCAUCGCAGUGGAUACGCCUGGUGCGCGAGUGGCCACUGGAUCGAUGGACUAUCACGUCAAGUUGUGGGACUUUGCUGGUAUGGCGCGCCAUGUGCGUCCGUUCCGUGAUAUCGAAGUCGACGAGGGCCAUCCACUUGUGGCAGUAAGCUACAGCCCGUCAGGUGACCGCUUGCUUGCUGUCUCUGGCUCCUGCCAGCCGAAGGUACUGACACGUGAGGGCGUGGAGGAGCUGCAGUUUGCUAAGGGAGAUAUGUACGUUGUCGAUAUGGCCAACACGAACGGGCAUACGCACGCGACAACCAGCGGACAAUGGCAUCCGACAGUACGCGACCAAAUGAUUACAAGUUCGCUGGACGGUACGGUGCGUCUGUGGAGCCUUGGAGGCAAGAAGGCGUUCGACAAGCUCAUCAAUACGUCGGUGUUUAAGUUCAAGGAUCGCCGCGGUCGGCGCUGUGGAGUGACGACUUGUCGUUUCAAUCCAGACGGCUCGUUGGUGGCGGGGGCAACUAUGGACGGCCAGAUCCAGUGCAUUGACCCACGCAAGGCGUACGCUGGUGCUGCGCUGACCAUUCGUGACGCGCAUGCUGACGGCGGAGGUGAUGUGGGCGUUUCAUCGAUUAGAUUUUCUACCGAUGGCAAGUACAUGGCGUCACGCUCCUGUGCCGACGAUACUGUGAAGAUCUGGGAUGUGCGCAAGCCGAAGCAGAGUCUGAAAAAGUUCCGCGGCAUCGAGGGCGUCUUUGGAACGUGUAACAUCGCUUUCAACCACAACGGCACGGCGCUCGCCGCUGGAACUUGCGUCCGGAAGGGCAAGGGCCUUAAGGGCAAGGUUCUCUUCCUGGAUGUUCACACGCCCGGACUUGUGGAUCCAGUGGCUAGCAUCGACAUGAAGGAAGACGAGAGUGCUGUAUGCGUGGAAUGGCACUAUGGUAUCAACCAGGUGUUCGUGGGAAGCUCGACUGGAGCUUGUCGCGUUUUCUACGACCCCAGACUGAGCACAAAGGGCGUUCUCUUGAGCGCUACGAAAAAGCUAAAGGUGCAGAGCAAUGAUUCAGGAGUGCGCAUUGACGGCGCCGGCAAGGUCUACAACCCCCACGCUCUGCCCAUGUAUCGUGAUGAUACAUCGGGCUCGCGCAAGCGCAAGUACGAGAAGGUGCGCGCUGACCCCAAGAAGUCUCACGCGCCCGAGAAACCCAUUACGGGCCCAGGCAUGGGUGGUAAGAUCAGCGGCAGCACGACUUUCACGCAAUACUUCAUGAGCAGCCACAUUAAGUCCUCUUUCCGAGAGGAAGAUCCGCGAGAGGCCAUUCUGAAGUACGCCAAGAAGGCUGAAACGGACCCGCAGUUCCUCGGAGCUGCUUACGGCAAGACCAAACUGGAUCCGCGGUAUCAGUUGGCAAAGCAGACACUCGAGGAGGAGAAACUCGCGAAGGAAGAGGAGGAACGCCGGCUGCUACAACCUUAA